AUUCAACGACAAAAGUCUCCUUUCUUAACAACAGUGUUUAAGACAUUUCCCAUAAAUAGCUGGUGUCCAUCUCGUACACCAUCCCCUUCAAUCCCUUUAAGUCGCUAGUGCUAACCACGCCUACUUCGUUCUCCUCUACGGCCUCGCUUUUCAAAAUUGCUGCCCCAAAAAGAACCACCUCAGAAGAACAAAACAAAUGAAUCAAGAUCAUCGUACAACAUCCCUAGAAGACCAGGUAAGAGCCUUGAGUGACACCGUCAAGUCGCUUGAACCUCUUGUAAACGAGGUCGCCUACUUGAAAGGUGUCAUCAACUACCAAGGCUCUCGAAUCGAAAAGUUAUCUGGUAUUGUUUUAGACAUGGGCAGAAACGAUGAUAAUGGUUUGCUUACUUUACUGACGCUUCAGGACGGAUCUGUGGGUGUGGGGGUCGAAGAUGCUGUCAACCAGCUUGACGACCAGACCAACAACCCGUCCAUGCUGUCGUCCACUCGACCUCCACCCCAAAGUAUUGCUCCUGCCCAACCUCACACACAUAACCAUACUCACACCCACGGAGAUCUUGAUGGGAACAUCAACCCGCAACUCCAGGGAGGUGGAGGCGAUGAUUCCUCGUCAAACGACAAAAAGAGACCGUAUGGUGGUAGUCAGAACCAUAUGAAGCCUAUCACCAACAAGAAACCCAAGAUUUCAAUUGACUUUAUCCAUAACCCCAUGACCGUCAAGGAGAUUUAUGAAGAGUUCUACAAUGGGUUCAAGGGCCAGCCUCCAUUGGUGGAAUUGGACCAACGGUAUGGGAAGGCUCAAUGGAGAGGUGAUUCGAGAUCGAAAGAGUCCAAACGGUACCAGAGAAGAAAAAGAUUGUGUGAUGCCAUCAAAAAGGGGACCGUCAAGUAUGACAAAACCCCUGAAGAGAUCAUCAAGUACAUCGAAGAGUUUAGAGGUGACAAGUCGUUGACAUGGGUCAUGAAUGGUAAUAUACCUAAAGACUUGCAGUAGUAUUUAAAAUAAAAUUGUAUUUGCUU